UUGACCCCAUUACUGUCUUCCUUCUCUCAUCUUCUCUCAUCUUCUUUCUCUGCAUUAGUACGUGAGGAAAGCCAGUUUGUUGCUGAGAUAAGACGAGCCUCCUAAGUUGUGUCAGGCUCGUGAUUCCCGCACAGAGAGAACAGAUAGAGCCACAGAGGGAAGGCAGUCUGUAGGGAGGAGAUGGUGCAUGACUUAUGAAGCGUGGCGGGUGACAUGCAUUCCGUCACUCCGUAUGAAGACCAAGUGCCUGAGGAGAAAGUUGAGACGAGGGGUUUGUGAUGGGAGUCGCGGCGCGGUGAGGGGGCAGGAAGGGGCCAGGGGAUGGGGAAGGGACGCGGGGAGUGCCAGAGGAGAGAAGAGCCUCACGUAGAUGGCACCAGCGGAAUCUCACGCUACCGUAGGAAAGGAGGGGGAGGGGGAAGGAAAGCUUUGGAACUGGGUGGCGGUGGUGGACCUCAGUGAAAGUGUUGACCAACGUCGGAGUGCGCAUGCGCGUGCGUGGCCCGGUAUAUAGCGUGAGCGGGUGGGGCUGGUCGCGAGUGUCAGCUGCCGGACCCUCACAUAAUGGCUCGCCUUUGGUACAUGUGGAGCACCGCCGUGGUUCUGGCUGCCGCCAGUGGCCUGCGCGCUCCAUUCCUGCCACGUGAGCGCCGCCAGAUUGCCAACAAUUUUGAGUUGGAGCUCACGGUGGAGGAACUGUGCAAGAACAAAGCAGCCAACGAGUUCUUCCGCCUGCCAGAGACUAAGGACUGUCGGGAUGUCUUCAGAUGUGACCGCAGCGGGCGUGUCGGGCCCAUCCGGCUGGCGGCCAUUCGCUGCCCAACACAGCUGGCCUUUGAUGUGGACCGCCAAGUGUGUGACUGGAAGGCGAGAGUCAAGAACUGUGACAAGCUGGAGAAGCCCACUAAAGUGAAGCCGCUGUUCAACACGGACGAGCCGCUGUGCCCGCAGGGUCAGCUGGCCUGUGGCGACGGCGUGUGUCUGCCCCAGGCCUUGUUCUGCGACGGCAACUUUGACUGUGACGAUGACUCCGAUGAAAACGCUUGCAGUGUGGACGAGGACCCUAACCGCGCCCCGGUGUGUGACACCAAGCAGUGUGUGCUGCCGGACUGCUUCUGCUCGUCGGACGGCACACGCAUACCCAGCAACCUGAACCCCGACCAGACACCGCAGAUGAUCACCAUCACCUUCUCCGGCGCCGUGAACGUGGACAACGUGGACCUGUACCAGGACAUCUUCAAAGACGACAGGAAGAACCCCAAUGGCUGCCAGAUCAAGGGCAGCUUCUUCGUCUCCCACCGCUACACCAACUACUCCGCCGUGCAGGAGCUCCACCGCAAGGGUCACGAGAUCGGCGUCUUCUCCAUCAGCAACCGCGAGAGUCCUGACUACUGGACGCACGGCACCUACGACGACUGGCUCACCGAGAUGGCGGGCGCCAGGCUCAUCCUGGAGCGCUACGCCAACAUCACCGACAAUUCUAUCAUCGGGGUGCGCGCGCCUUACCUGCGUGUGGGUGGCAACACGCAGUUCGAGAUGAUGACUGACCAGCUCUUCAUCUACGACUCCUCCAUCACAGCGCCCCUCAGCUCAGUGCCGCUGUGGCCCUACACCCUCUACUUCAGGAUGCCCCACAAGUGCCAUGGCAACGCCCAGAACUGUCCCUCUCGCUCCCACCCCGUGUGGGAGAUGGUCAUGAACGAGCUGGACCGCCGCGACGACCCGGAGUUCGACGAGACGCUGCCGGGCUGCCACUUCGUCAGUUCCUGCACCAACAUCCGCACCGGGGAGCAGUUCCAGCACUUCCUGGAGCACAACUUCCAACGCCACUACAGGACCAACAGGGCGCCUCUCGGCCUGCACUUCCACGCCGCCUGGUUGGAGAGCAACAAAGACUACAAGAAGAUUCUCUCGAACUUCAUCGAUGAAAAGACAUCCCAGAACGACGUGUACUUCGUGACGAUGCUGCAGGUGAUUCAGUGGAUGCAGACCCCCACCGAGAUCACCGCCAUCAGGGACUUCCAGGAGUGGAAGGAGAAGUGUGACGUGAAGGGCUUGCCUUACUGCUCGCUGCCCAACACCUGCAACGUCAAGAGCAGGGAGCUGCGAGGCGAGAGUUUCAACCUGUUCACUUGCAUGGACUGCCCCAGGGAGUACCCGUGGCUCCUCGACCCCACCGGAGACGGCCUCGACCUCGUGUGAGACACUGGCGGUGACCACAGAGAUCAAAACGCUCGUGUGAAUGGAAAGUACGCCAAUCAAGACACCGGUUUACUUAGCAUUGUAGUUGUACAGUGGAGAACAAACGAGUUAAACUCUGCAGAGAACGGAUUUACCUUGUUCUGCUCACCUGCCUACCACAGCAUCACGAAGUCACUCCAAAGACAUGAGGAAAAUGACAAAAGAUCCCCAAGCAUGAACAUUGUGCUCCUCUGGCGACAUGAAGGACCCCCCUCCCUCCCUCACCCCCACCGCGCGGCUGGUCCGACCCUCACUCUAGUCCCGUUCACGUUCCGUUGUGCCAGUGUCUGAGGACCGCCACGCCCCCUCGCCAAGGCCUCCUCCGCCACACUCACACCCUGCGAGACUGCUUCUUUGCAAGGCUCCACCGCCACUUAACCUCUCAUGAUGACAAUCUAACAAUUCUUACUUUAUCAGAGUUGCCCUAAGUGAAUUCAAUAAGCAAAGGUAAAAUGACAGGUGUUAAAAGGUGCUAACUACUCAAUAACGCCUUUUUUCUAUUAACGUGUCUUUCGAAAUUAUACUUUUACUUUGCAUCAGACAAUCUUAACCAUUCCACUAGUUUGGUUUCUCCUUAAGGGUGAUAAAAGAGUGCAAAGUUUAAGUAUAAUUUGGAAAGACACCGUCAGAGGAAAAGGAGUGAUUCAGUAGUUCAAAUCUUCGAGUGCCGUACUUUUACAUCUGCUCAGUGAAAUCAUGCACAGUCACUUGAAUAGGAGCAGCAGGUGUUGUGUCAUUACCCCUUCACCCCUUACCCUUUCCAUAAUCAUUUGCAAGUUCAGGCACUUAUUUCUGCACUACGGUAUCUUUAAGCAGUUUUGUAGCCUAGAAGAGACAAAAUUAACGUGUUCUCUUACAUCACAUGUCUAUACGAAGAAAUAAUAUAGUCAUUACAGUCCUCUGAAUGUUAAUAAAUGACGACCGUAAUAGUAAAAGGAUUAACAUUAAAAGGGUUAAGACUGAGAGGGUGCAGCAUUCGAGAGAUUAAGAGUUCAUCUCAGUCUUUUCUGUUCCUAAUGUUCUACGAGUGGUGAAGCCUUCCUCCCGCCAUCCUCCACGCUCACAGUCUGUCCAGGUGCAAUAUUCCAGGCAAAAACAAGCUACAUCACAGCUAAAAUAGAAAUAAUGUCAGUCUAAAUUUAAUCUCCCAAAUGCAAAAUACAAUACGAAAACUUUCAUUACGUAAGACUCUCUCUCUCUCUCUCUCUCUCUCUCUCUCUCUCUCUCUCUCUCUCUCUCUCUCUCUCUCUCUCUCUCUCUCUCUCUCUC